CUAUAUCUGGUCUCCCACAGACCCUGCAUUCACGAGAUCUGGUCUCCCACAGUACACAGAACAUGGAAGUGCAAAUAUUUUAGUAAUUAUAAACUACUACAUACCUUUUCUCAUCAGCAGUUAGAGCAGUCUUGUGAUUUCUAUCAGUGUCCAGCAGUGCACUGGUUAAAGCUUGUAGGAGGAGUUUUCAUUCUCCCCUAUGAGGCUGCUGGAUCCCUGACCCUCUGUCUGGACAGCACUAAUUGGCCCUGUUCUGAUCACAUGUACUCUCCCAAGAAAAAAAAAAAUUAUCUCUAGGAAUACACACCAAACUGAGCAUGUGCAGCUUGCACCCAAGGCUCUGUUCAAUCAGCAGAU